AUGGCCACGCCGAAACCUUUCCCAGCGCUAAAGGGCGGUUGCGUCUGCGAUACUAUCCGUUAUCGCCUGCUUACGUCUCCUCUGUACUGCUACGCAUGCCACUGCCCCAGCUGCCAGAAACAAACCGGCAGCGCUUUCUGUCUGAAUCUCAACAUUGAGCUCUACAAUAUCGAGCUUAUUUCUUCCACUACACCACUGUUUGUCACGCGGACGUCCAAGUCGGGAAAAGUCAGUCGGCAUGCAGAGUGUCCGACAUGCCACGUUCAGCUCUGGGCGUCGAGUGCGCUGGGCGAAGCAGUCAUUGAUUUGAGAGUCGGGACGCUGGACUUUCCAUCACUCAUGGAACCCGAUAUGCAUAUCUUUGUGGAGAGCAAGUUGGACUGGGUCAAGUUGCCGGAUGGGGCGAGGACAGCAGAGAGGGGGGAUAAUAUGAAGAAGAUGUGGCCAAAGAGUAGUCUCAAGAGAUUGGAGAUUUGUAUGCGGAAGGCCGAGGAGGUGAAGAGGAAGAGGGCUGCUGCUGCUGCUGCUGCGUUGAAGGAGAGUGAGCGGAAAGUUGCCAGUGGUAGUAGUGCGGAAGAGACUGCGGCAGUCGAGGGUAGUGGAGAGGGGGACAAGACGCCUACUGCUGGGGAAUUUGGGGGCGAAAACGAUGAGGAGUUUGAAAAGAGGUUUAGGGAAACAGAGAAGGCGCUUCAGGAACGGUUGGAGAGGUUGAGCUUGAAGCUGUCGGAUGAGGAGGUUGUAGAGAAGAUGGGGAAGACGACGAUUGAUGAGCGUGGGGUUGGGCGAGAUGGCCAUUGA